AUGACGGGAACCCUACUGCUUCGUCCCGGCGCUUCUCCGCCGCCAGACGGAAGCUACAAAGCUGACAGUCGUUUGAGCCUGCCUCUCUGGACGAAAAACGGGCCGUCGCCUUUGCCCGGCUCAUGGGCAUUUCACGGUUGCUUGAAAUAUAGAAGUUCAACAGGUGGAGACUUGACCGGCAUUUGCGCAUGCAGUGUUAGCGAAUGCUUCGCCGAGCUCGAGGGUUGCUCGCUACUUUCAGGGUCUUUUCACAAAAAGAAGCUAUCAAAGAGGCCUGGAUACUUGAGAACUGGUGAGCUGCAGCAGAUAGAAUUUCACCCUCCUGCUGAUUGUGAACCAUUUAGUCCAAAGGAACUUGAGCACCAUGGCAGGAAACACCUCAGAGGUUUUAAGAACUGCUCUUUGAAAAGAAGAAACAAAAAUGACUUGGGAUUUUUCCAUUGUAAUGUGCAUCUAUGUACCAUGGUUCCUUCAGAUGCAGCAACUGGGUCAGCUGCUACUGAAACAACAGCUAGUCACAGAGUACAGGAAUCAGAAAAUCUAAUCCUACCUGUUUGUCUUCCAGUUGCUGUAUGUAAAGAAGAUGCCUUACCUGCAUACAACUCAUAUUCACCACAAACCAAUUUGUUAGACCCUGUGAAGGAUACUGCUUGCAGUAGUGGCUCACAGGAGAAGAAAAGAAUGCACACUUUCAGUCAGAAGGCAGUGAACAACAAUCAGGAAUUUGAAAGCAGAGAAGUCGUUGGUAGUUCUUCCCGUUCUCAAGGUCUCUUUAAUUCAAGUUUUAGCUUCAUCCAGCUCUCUUUAAAUUCAGCUUUUGAAUCAAGUGGAGUUGUGGGCCCAUCAGACUGCAGUGAGUCUAAAGACAUUCUGCAAGUAUGCAGUGUAGGAAAAUCCUAUAAUGGUAAUUUACAUGUACACGGGGAGGAUCAAGGAACUUCAGGGAAAAAAUCAUGGGCUUCAUCCUGCAGCUGUGUGUGUGCUGAAGACUGUAAGUGCCCAAGGGAGACAACAGAGGAUGAUAAAUUGCACAGUUUUGAGACUCUUUCACUUUUACAUGCAAAUGCUGCAUUUUCAUGUUCCACUGAUUCUUUGGAUGCAACAUCUGCUGGUUCUUCUGUGACCUCAGGCUAUGAAAGUAGUACCACUCUUAGUGAUUACAGCUGGGAUUCUCUGAUCAGGAAGUAUGAACCAGUCCUCCAGGAGUGCUUACUUGGCAACCAAAGUGCAUUAAAGAUACAGUCUUUAAUCGUUAAGCUUCAGAAGCUUCAAGAGAAAGCAGUAGCUGAAGAUGAUUAUGAGAGAGCUGAUAAAUUUAGAAGAAAACUGGAAGAACUGAAGAAUGAGAAAAAGUCACUAAAAUUUCAGCUUCCAUCACAACAUCCUUCAAUUAGCAGCUUUUUGGACAGAUUCAGAACACAGGUUCAAAUGGCUUUACGUGGGGAUGUUCAUCGGUUUAAAAAAGAAGAAGCAGCUUUCUUGCAGAGAAGUGAACAGAAGGUUUUCAGUCUUACUUGUCAAGAAAAAAUACAGGUUUCACUCACUAAACGAGACCAGCUACUUAAAGAAAAACAGUGGAUACAGAAAGAAAUCGAACUUUUAAGAGCAAGACUGGCUGUUUUGGAAGCUAAAGAUCAACAGUUAAGGCAAGAAAUCGAAAAUCAAGAUCCAAUCACUCAGUUGCAGGAUAGUGAAUUAUCUACCUUGCUUAGCUGGGUAUCGCAUGGAGAGCUACAGGCAAUAGGCAAGGCCUUGGCUGAUACUUUGGAAGCAUCUCAUCAAAUUCCAUGCAGUUUGGAUUUCCCAAAGUGCAUAAAAAGGCUUCAAGAAAAAGAGCAGUCACUCAGUAUAUCUAUUAAAGAUACUGCUGCCCAAGUAUGCACCAGUCAGAAACUGUGCAGCACUUUAAGGGGGAAAGUCAGUGAUAUUGAGACUCAACUACCAGCACUUCUUGAAGCCAAAAUGCUUGCUGUAUCAGGAGGUAAUUUCUGUACUGCUAAAGACCUUGUAGAAGAAAUUAAGUCAUUAACAGCUGAAAGAGAACGACUAGAGGGACUUCUCGAUGAAUGGUUGAUGCUAAGUAUCAGAAAUGUCAAAAAAUUGGAGAAGAUGAAAGAAGUUUACAAGAAACUGAAGGAAGAAAUGGAGCAAGGGGAGGUUGCCUAUGAGAGAAAAUUGAAGGCGAAUAUUCUGAAAUACAUGGCAAUUCUGGAGGAACAACUGCAAAGCUGUGUGAGCCAUCUCCUUGAAAGAGUGUGGGAACUUGACUUAGAGGCUUGUCAACUGUUGAUUCAAGAGUUCCAGUUGAAAGAAGGUGGCUGUUGUGUUUUUGAGGGAGAUGCGAGCCAAACAGAUGAAGUGGAGGAUACUGGUGAUGCUUUGUUGAGCACCAAGCAAGGACAAUCAAAACACUUUCUAAUGAAAGACUCCAAACAGAGUGCUGUCCAGCAUCCUAUUACCCAAAGCAAACAUCAAACUGCACAUUGGGAAUCGAAAGAGGAAUUCCCAGUACUUUCUACAGAACUUGAAGAAAAAUGUGAACAAAUUAGUGAGAAAUUGCUGCAUCUUGAAGAUCAGCUUCAAACAGCAAUCUGCAGCUGUGACGAAAGCCUCAUGGAAUCUCUACAGAGAGAGAUCCAGAUGGUGAAGGAAACUCUCCAGGCCAUGCUGGUGCAGCUCCAACCAGCUAAGGAAGCAGAAGAAGAUGCUGCUGCAGACUUCCUUGGUGACAGCUGGUGUCCGGGAAAGCAAGGCUUAAAGGCGUAA